AUGAAGGGCAUUUUCGAAUUAAAGCCAUCCCUGCCAAAAUACAACGAGAUAUGGGAUGUUCGCGUUGUGUUGGAUUAUUUGAAGACCUUUGGUGCUUCAACUGCUUUACCGCUUAAGGAACUCACGCUCAAGUUAACCAUGUUGCUGUGUCUUACCACUGGCCAGCGUGGACAAACUAUUCACAAGUUUGACAUUAACUAUAUACAGGACUUGGAUGAUCGGUAUAGAAUUUCUUUCCAUGAGAAGCUAAAGCAGACUAAAUCAGGCAGACAUUUAACGCCUAUAGAACUAUUGGCUUUUCCAGAGGACAAGGAACUUUGUGUUGUGCAACAUUUGAGGGAAUAUAUCCAUCGAACUGACCCUUUGCGUAAAGAUCAUUCUCAGUUAUUAUUAAGUUAUGUCAAACCUUUUAAGCCAGUAGCUAGGGACACUGUUUCCAGAUGGGUUAAGCAAGUUUUGCAAUCUGCAGGGAUUGACAUAACUAAGUACUCUGCUCAUAGCUGCAGGCCUGCUUCUACCUCCAGUGUUAAGGUUAAGGGUUUAAACAUUGCUGAAAUUAUGAAGUGCGCAGGUUGGUCAACUGCGACUACCUUUGCGAGGUUCUAUGAUAAGCCAGUGUCCAAUACUUCAGCUAACUUUGGCUCUGUACUGUUGAAUCCAGGUGCCAAGUGA